AUGAAUACCGCGAAAGGAAUGACCAUCGGCAUGUCCGACAUCCGCAUGGCCACCGCCAAAGGCCUCACCGUCGACAAGGACAUCAGGAUGGAGACCGCCAAAGCAGGCACCACCAUCAGGCAAGGCGCGUUCAAGAUGUGGGAGAAGGAGUUGCUCGAGAGCCCGGAGGUCCGUAGAAAGGCUACCGUCGCUCAGCUCUACUUCCUCGACUAUUACUUCAACCUCCUCGGUUACAUCGCCGCGCGCAAGGAGCGUCGGGCUAGGUUCGAUGAGGACACUGCGAAACGGAACCUCACCCAGGCCGAGUACGCCCAGGAAUUCAAGUCCUACCGUGGCUGUGAACGCACCCUCUUGCGCAAGCGUCGAGUCAAGCUCAGGGUCGAUCAAUUCCAGAUCAUCGCGCAGGUCGGACAGGGGGGCUAUGGCGAAGUCUUUCUCGCCCGCAAGGCGGACACGCGGGAGGUGUGUGCAUUGAAGAAGAUGAAAAAGCGGACAUUGUUCAAGAUGGACGAGGUCCGACAUGUUCUCGUCGAGCGUGACAUCUUGACUGCCACCAAGACGCCAUGGCUCGUCCGCCUUCUUUACGCAUUCCAAGACCCACAGCACGUGUAUCUCGCGAUGGAGUACGUCCCGGGAGGCGACUUCCGGACACUUCUCAACAAUGCAGGCGUUCUCAAAGAGGAGAUCGCGAGGUUCUAUAUCAGCGAGAUGUUUGUGGCUGUCAAUGAGCUGCACAAGUUGGGUUACAUCCACCGUGAUCUGAAGCCCGAGAACUUCCUCUUGGAUGGAACAGGUCAUGUGAAGCUGACCGAUUUCGGUCUGGCAACUGGUGCACUCAACCCACAGAGGAUAGAGUCGCUCAGGGUCAAGUUAGACCGAGUGAAAGACAACGAGGUGGUCCACUUGUCAACGCUUGAGAGACGAUCCAUCUAUCGUUCGAUGCGACAACAAAUCCCUCGGUAUGCGGACUCGAUCGUCGGCUCACCCGAUUACAUGGCCCCGGAAGUGCUCCGCGGAAAGCCGUACUCGUUCUCUGUCGACUACUGGUCUCUUGGCUGCAUCCUGUUCGAGUUCCUUGCAGGCUUUCCGCCGUUCAGCGGCCGCACCCCAGAAGAGACGUGGACGAACUUGGACAAGUGGACGACCGUGCUACGGAGGCCAGAGUACGACGCGCCGGAGGACCAGGUCUUUAACUUGACAGACGUCGCUUGGGACGCUAUCACGCGGCUGAUCGCCCAUGCCAGUGUGCGGCAUGCGACCCUUGGCCAGGUGCGCGAGCACCCGUUCUACGCCGGAAUCAAAUGGGACGACCUCCGGGGCUCGGAUCCUCCUUACGUCCCUGAGCUGACGGGUGAAGAUGAUACUGGAUACUACGACGACUUCACAUCGCCGCAGGACAUGGAAAAAUAUGCGGAGGUCAUCGAGAAGCAGCGGCACGUCGAGCGUGUCAAGGAGAAGGAGGACCCGGUCUCGCGCGGGGUCUGGGUCGGGUUCACAUUCCGCAAGAACGGACCCAUGGCGAUGGGUGGAGGACGUGCAUUCGGAGCGGGUGCUGACGAUGACGGGGCGCUCGCUACGAUCUUUUAG